GCGUGGGCGGGACCAGCGGAGGCCAGGAAGCGGCGGCGGCCCCGCUGAGGCUUUUCCUGCCCGCGGCCCCGGAGCGGAGCGGAGCGGAGCGGCACGGGCGGACCCGCCGGGCCGCGCGGGAGAUGACGACGCUGACGCACCGGGGCCGGCGGGCCGAGGGCAGGGGCUCCGAGAAGAAGGGGGAGGGAGAGGAGGAGGCGGCGGCGGACAGAGAGCUGAACGAGGACGAGCCCGAUGACUCCAAAGACAUCCGCCUGACCCUCAUGGAGGAGGUGCUGCUCCUGGGGCUGAAGGACAAGGAGGGCUACACCUCGUUCUGGAACGACUGCAUCUCCUCGGGGCUGCGCGGGGGCAUCCUGAUCGAGCUGGCUCUGCGCGGCCGCAUCCGCCUGGAGCCGCUGUCCCUGAGGAAGAAGAGGCUGCUGGAGAGGAAGGUGCUGCUCAAGUCCGACGCUCCCACUGGGGAUGUGCUGCUGGAUGAGACCCUCAGGCACAUCAAGGCCACGGAGACAGCAGAGACGGUUCAGACCUGGAUAGAGCUGCUCACUGGAGAGACCUGGAACCCCUUCAAGCUGCAGUACCAGCUGCGCAACGUGCGGGAGCGCCUGGCCAAGGCUCUGGUGGAGAAGGGCAUCCUGACCACGGAGAAGCAGAACUUCCUCCUCUUCGACAUGACCACCCACCCCGUCAGCAACGCCUCCGAGAAGCAGCGCCUGCUGAAGAAGCUCCAGGAGAGCGUCCUGGAGCGUUGGGUCAACGAGCCCCAGCGCAUGGAGCGCAGGACUCUGGCCCUGCUGGUGCUGGCCCACGCCUCGGACGUGCUGGAGAACGUUUUCGCCAGCCUGGCCGACGACAAGUACGACGUGGCCAUGAACAGGACCAAGGACCUGCUGGACAUGGACCCUGAGGUGGAAGCUGCCAAAGGCAGGGGCACGGAGAUGAUCUGGGCUGUGCUGGCAGCCUUCAAUAAGUCCUAAAAGCCCUCCUUGAUGGGUCCCAUCGUGGGGUCCCACCCAGGGGUCUCCCCAGAGGGACCUGGAGUUGGAAGCUAUCAAGGCCAGGGGCACAGAGAUGGUCUGGGCCAUGCUGGUGGCUUUCAAUAAGUCCUGAACACUCCUCACAUGGUGUGGGGGAGACCCUUGAUGGGUCCCAUCCUGGGGUCCCACCCAGGGGUCUCCCCAGGGGGACCUGGAAGGUGCCAAAGGCAGAGGCACAGAGAUGAUCUGGGCCAUGCUGGUGGCCCUCAAGAAGUCCUAAGCCCCCCCUCACACGGUGUGGGGGAGACCCUUGAUGGGUCCCAUCAAGGGGACCCCACACCCCACCUGGGGUCCCACCCAGGGGUCUCCCCAGAGUGACUUGGAGCUGGAAGCUCCCAAAGGCACGGGCACAGAGAUAAUCUGGGCCAUGCUGGUGGCCUUCAAUAAAACACUUCUCACACGGGGUGGGGGAGGCCCUUGAUGGGUCCCAUCCUGGGGUGCCCCCUGGGGUCCUAUCAAGGGGACCCUUCGCCCCAGAGGAGCCUGGAGCUGGAAGCUGCCCAAAGGCAGGAACACAGAGAUGAUUUGGGCCAUGCUGGUGGCCUUCAAGAAGUCCUAAACCCCCCCUCACAUGGGGUGGGGGAGACCCUUGAUGGGUCCCAUCAAGGGGAACCCUCUCCCCAUGGGGACCUGGAUUUCCUGGGGCGCUGGGUGGGCUCCGCCUGGGGAGGGACCCGGGGAUUUUUGCUUUUCCCCUCCCCAGGUAGGGCUGGCAGGUGAGAACUCCCCACCACCACCACCACCACAGCCCCGUGGUGCCUCCAGGGAGAGGUGGCAGCAGCUCUUCACUCCUUGCCCUUGGGCAUCUCCUUCUGAGGCCAGUGCAGAGCCGGGCACCCCGGGAGCUGCUCCAAGAGGCCGAACCCUGGCACAGACGGGGCUCCUGGGUGCCUCUCCCACAGCCAGCUCCUGCCUGGGAGCUCUGGGGGUGCCCCUGAGGAGCUCACACCCUCCUGGGGUGGGGUUUGGGGGUGUUGGGCACCCAGAGCUCAUGGCUGUGCCCCCAUGGCUCAGCUGCUCUUUCUAGUAAGAAGAACCAAGUGAAACUGUGAUUUUAUUUGUUCAUGACCUCCUUCCUUCCUCCCCCACUUUAUUCUCCUGUAGUUCAUUGAAAACUGAAGUAUUUCUCUGCA